UCAACAAGUUAUGAUCGUGGACUGUAUUAGCCUACUUUAUUUCCCUCAAAGGCUCAAAUCCAACUAAAUUCUCUCACUACCCAGUAGGAAACAGUCAUGCAUUCCUUGUUUUCUGUUAACUUUUUUCUCUUUUUGGUAGCUACUAGUAGAACACUAAUUAUUUUGGACUUGCUCAUGCAUGGUAAGCAGCAAUUAAAUUCUGAAGCUAGCAGGAUAAAAAGACAUGGGUGAUCAGUACUGGUCACUAUUAGGUCCCCUCAUAUUUGAAUUUUUCUUUAGCCUUUUUGAUCAUUACUAAUAAAAAUGUUCAAUUUUAGUUACUGCAAUCUUAUAUCAUUGCCUCCCACAUGACUAUAUUUGCAGUAUGUAUGUACACUUGGUUUUUCAUUGCAUACUAGAACUUUUACUGUCAUUGCUGAGUUAAUGUAUAGCAAUUAUUGCUAGGUUUAUUUCUUUUAUUUAUCUUAUCCUAAGCAGUAGGCAGUGAGAACUAAGCAGCAAGCACUUAGCCUGGCAGUCCGAAGUAGCUUGCUUACUAGCUUUAGACUUUAAAUUAUAUAUGUUCAAUGUUAAUGGUUAACCCGAUAUUCAAACCGAUAACAAUGAAAAAUCAAUAAACCGAUAACCGAUUAACCGAUAUCUUAAUGGUUCAGCAUAUAUACAAACCGAUAAUGAAUAAGUAAAACCGAUAAUUUUUAAAACCGAACCGACUGAUAUGCAGCCCUAGGUGAGACUAUGUAUAAUACAUUCUUGUGAUCUUACUCUUUCGCAGGCCUCUUGCAUAUAGUUGAAAUUUGGCUUAAGUCAUCGAUAGACCCUCAAACUUGUCCCAAAAAUUCAGUUAGACCCCUCAACUAAGGUUUGUACCUAUUAGACCCCUAAUCCACCCGAAUUUUGAUCCAAUUGGACCCUUUUUUUCCAAUCAGCUUAAAGCCAAAGUGUGUGCAACACACAUGCGAUGAUGUGACAAACCCAUAACCUGAAGAUCACAUGAAAAUAACUUUACUAGUUACUCUAACGCUUCCGAGACACUUUUGUAAUAUGCAGAUAGGUCCAAAAAAUAAAGGAAAAACAACAUAGAAAUCCAAGCUUAAUCAUCUUGCGCUGCAGGUAACUAAACAAUCUCAGAAGUUUUGUCCUGAGGCUAUAGUAUUUCUUCAAACUUUGCUGAUGGCAGCUUUAGACAGGGAACAGCGAUUUAAAAAUUUACAGUUGAAUGACCUUAUGGAGAUCAAAGAACUUGGGCCUUUGCUUUGCAUAUGCAGCAGCAAUGCGGAGAUGGGUUCUUUAGAUUCUCUUGAGCUAAUGGACUUACCAGAGGACUCGCAGUAUUUUGACUCUGAUAAUUACAGGGCUAGCAUCCUCGUAACAGUUCUGGAAACCCUGCCAGGAUUUGUUAAUGUAUAUAAGGACCUUAUUUCUUUUCCUGAGAUUUUCAUGCUAAUUUCAAAAUUAUUAUGCAAAUUGUCCGGAGAAAAUCAUAUUCCAGGUGCAUUAAGGGAGAAAAUCAAGGAUGUAUCCCAAUUAAUUGACACAAAGUCUCAGGAACAUCACAUGUUGCGUUAACCUUUGAAAAUGCGUAAGAAAAAACCUGUGUCCAUCAGGAUGCUUAAUCCGAAAUUCGAGGAGAACUAUGUCAAGGGUAGAGAUUAUGAUCCAGAUCGUGAGCGUGCUGAAAAGAAAAAGUUGAAAAAACGUAUAAAAGAGGAAGCUAAAGGUGUUGCAUGAGAAUUGCGGAAGGACAAAGAUUUCUUGGCCAAGGCAAAGGAAA